AUGGUUUCACAUACCGUUCCCGAGAUAACGGCUGAUGUGGCGGCGAUGUCACAGAUAGCAUUAGUUGGCAACCCAGCCGUCUACAGACCCGUGGACCGAGUUCAUCCAGAGCUUCGGGUACAAGUCAGUCUGCUCGAGGAGAAUCGUACAAUGCUCGGACGACCCUCGAUCAUUGUGCACGAUCAGAACAGUAUACCGCUGAACAAACUGGCCCGCAGUAUCAACGAGUUCAUCAGUCCGGGCACCGGAGUUAGUCUGUUUUACAAUAAGGAAUUGACCAAAAGACUCAGCACCCGCACGAGUCAGUGUGAUCAUCGACCGGUGCGGAUUAUGGAUCACGAGUAUAAAUAUGACCGAAUGUCAUCUUCAGAGAUAAUCAGUCAAUUCAAUAUGGCCCAAUGGAAACGAAGGCAUGAGCUGGCUGGCACAAUGGUGACACACGUCUUCCAUGCGAUGGAUCCGGAGUUCAAAUCCCGAACGGUCCGACGGCGUAUCAAUCGAUUUGUAGACUAUUCUGGUCACCGUGGGCAAUUUUCCCUAUACCUAAUCCAACCGGAAGGUCUUACGGAAAUGAUUGAGGAGGAAUUGUACUCGCUUCCCAAAUUGUUCAGUGAAAUUGGCGGCCUGAGUUCAUUCUGUUUCGGGUUCAGUUGUAUCUUGUUUUUCGAACUGUUCGAAUUGGCCUUCUGGUUGCGUUGUACCUACCGUUCUCAAUUCACCAAUGAGCUGAAUGAAUAUCUGUCCCGUGGGAUUCAGAUGACCUCUGAUCCGGUAGAACCAUCCCCGAUCGAACUGGAUGAGCGGAUUGGAGCCAAUUCGAUCAGUCCCAGUGACGAUUCUCAAUCGGGCGGUUCAGGACGAAAACGCAGAGCUGAAAAGUUUGAUCGGAUGUUUUCCGAGAAAGAAAAUUCNUCAGUCGACACAGAUCACCGUGUAAGUGGAAUAGUAGAUUUGGGUCACUUGGGAGAUACAGAAAUUGAAACAGAUUUGAGAAUACAAAGUGUUCAGUCAAGUCAAAUCAAGUAA